UGCAUAAACAUAGAAAGUAUCAAACUAUCAAAGAAUACAUAAAAAUCCUUAGGAUUUGGUCCCCAGAAUUUUUAUUUUUUAUUUUUGUUUCAGAUGAUCAAAGAAAAGCAACAAUGUCACAACCAGUGGGUCCAUCUUUGCCCCUGAACAAUUCCUCUUGCAUCUUCUACAAGUUAAUUGUGGCUUCCAUCCUUCAAGACAAGAAGCUAGUUUUGUACUCGCAGAGGAUCCCGAAUAAGUUCGUCAAGAAAUUUGGUGAUGAACUCUCUUCGGUUGCUACGCUCACCGUUCCGGGUGGUCGUCAAUGGCUAGUGGAAUUGAGGGAAGAGGACAAAAGAAUAUGGCUGGAUAAUGGUUGGAACACGUUUGUUGAAUACUAUUCCAUCUGCAUCGGGUAUUUCGUGGUCUUUAAAUACGAAGGUAAUUCGCAUUUUGGUGUUCAUGUGUAUAAUCUGAAAUCUUCAGAGAUCAACUAUCUGUCGAAUAAUUCUCGAGAACCUGGUGAUUUUGCUGAGAUUACGGGUUCUAGUUCGUACUUUUUGGUCGAUAAAGAUGUCGACGAAAGUCUAGAUCACGAGAAGAAGAAAUAUAAGAUCUCUACAGGCCUGCAUCAGGAAAACGAGUUGCGUGAUUUACGAGCAACGUUUCAAUCUACUCUAGACAAAGGCAUUCAGUUUAAUGGGGUUGAGCUUAUGAGUAUCGGAGAUGAAGGUGGACCAUGUUUCUCGAACGAAACACUAAGAUACACUAUAAAACAAGAAGUUGAACCUAGUAUGGAUGAACAAGAGCCGUUCCGGAAAUUCAAAGUGAAAGAAGAGCUUCCUACCCUGGACUCACCAAGGGUUCUUCGGAGACGGAGAGAUGUUACGACAGAAGAAAAACAGGGUGCAUUUCAUGCGGCUUCUAUGUUCAAACCCGACAAUCCUUUCUGCAGGAUUAUAUUGCGACCUUCUUAUGUAUACAAGGGAGUACUUCUCCAUUUGCCCCGUUGCUUUGCUCGGAGAUAUCUGAACGGAGUUGAUGGGGUCAUCAUGCUUCAGAUACCGGAAGGGAAAAAGUGGCCGGUUCAAUGCGUUUAUUGUAACGACAAUUUGAAGUUCAGCAAAGGAUGGGCCGAAUUCGUCCUGGAUAAUAAUUUGGAUGAAGGAGACGUUUGUAUAUUCGAGUUGAUUAAUACGAAGGAGAUCGUACUGAAAGUUACCAUUUUCCGUGCUCUUCGAGACUGAAAUCAGGAUAGCAUUGAACCCGAAUAUAACCGAGUCUUCCGUUCUUCAACUAAAUAAUACUCUCAGGUACAUCUUUCAUGUAGGAUAUGGUCAUGGAGUUUAUGACUGCCUUAGCUUAAAUUUGUAUAUAUAGUUAUACUCUUUGCUAUGUUAUAUUUCCAAUUUCUUUCUUUUUCAA